AUGCGCAUAAUCUUCACAUUUCCCCCCCUUCUCUCCCCAUGUUUCCCCCGCUUCUCCCCGUCAUUGCCCCCCCCUAUUCACCCUCCUUUGGCCUCCAUUCCCUUCUACUCGCUCUCAAAUCCCCCCUUAUCCCUCUCAGCCCCACUCGCCCUCAUUUUACCCCCUUCUCCCCCUCAUCUCAGCACAUUUCCCCCCCUUCUCGCUCUCAUGGGUGGCGUUGUCCUCCCCCUCCUGUUGCUCCCCAUCAUCCCUCUCAACACCCCCUCUUCGCCCCCACAUUUCCCCCCCUUCUCGCACUCAAAUCCCCCCUUUCUCGUUCUCUUCUACCCCCUUUCUCCCAAUCAGCCACUCCCUUUCUCCCUCUCAUUACCAACCCUGGCCCCCUCUCACUCUCCCCAGCCCCCCUCCUCCCCUCACCAUCAUUUCCCCCCUUGCUCGCACUCAUUUCCCCCCUUCGCCCUCUCAUUACUCCCCCGUCUCCCCCUCAUUUCCCCCCCUUCUCCCCCCCAUUUCUUCCCCUCAUCCUUCUCAUUCCCCCCCCUUCCCCUACUCAGAUUCCCCCAUUCUCGCUCUCAACCCCCCCUUUCCUCCCAUUCCCCUCUACUCCCUAUCAUUUCCACGCUUCUCCCCCCCCAUUACCACCCUCGCUCCAUCUCACGCCCCCGUUGCCCCAUCUCAUUUUCCCCCCUCCUCCCUCUCGUUGAUAUGCCUGCUCCCCUUCAUUUCGCCCCCUUCUCCUUCUCAGUUCCCCCUUUUCCCUGCCAUUUCUCCCCCUACUCCCUCUCAGUUCCCCCCCUUCCCCCUCUCUCAAUUCCCCCUUUCGCUCUGAAAUCCCUCUUUCCCCCCUCUACUCCCCUCUCCCCUCCCUCUUCUCCCUAUCAUUUCCCCGCUUCCAUCUUUCAGGACCUCCCUCGCUCCAUCUCCCCUUCCCCCUUGCGUCCUCUCAGCCCCCCCCCCCCCACCUUCUCACCCUCAUUUUAUCCCCUUUGCCCUCUCAUUUCAUCUACAUUUCUGCCAUCUCGGCACCCCCUCUUCGCCACCUCGUUUCCCCCCCACAUCGGACUCAAAGCCCCCUUUUCUCCGUCCCGUCUAUCCCCCUUCUAUCUCUCAUCUCCUCCCUUUCUCCCUCUCAUUACCCCCCAUUGCCCCAUCUCAUUCCCCCUCUUGCUCUCUCUCAGCCUCCCUCCCCUCACCAUCAUUUUCCAUCCACCCUUGCUCACACACAUUACCCCCUCUUCUCCCCCAACUGUCCCCCCCUUCUCCCUCUCAUUUCCCCCCCUUCGACCCCUCAUUACCUACCUGUCUCCCCCUACUACCCCCCUUUCUCCCCCCCAUUUAUCCCCCUUCUCCCUCUCCUCCCCCCCCCCCCCCCGCCUUCCCCUACUCAAAUCCCCCCCUUCGGUGCUCUCAUAUCCCCCUUUCUUCCCUUUCCCCUCUUCUCUCUAUCAUUCCCCUGCUUCUCCCCCUCACUUCCUCCCCCACUCCAUCAACAUUCCCCCGUUUCUCCCUCUCAGCCCCCCCCCCCCCCCCCUUCCCUCAUUUCCCCCCCUUCUCCCUCUCAUUCACCCCCCUGAUCCCCUACAUUUCGCCCCAUGCUCCUUCUCACUUCCCCCAAUUCUCCCACUCAUUUUCUCUCCUUCUCGACGACAUGUCCCCCCCUUAUCCCUCUCAUUUCCCCCCCUGCCCCUUUCAUUACCCCCCGUGUUCCCCUCAUUUCCCCCCUGUCCCCCCCCUGUUUCUCCCUCUUCUCCCACUCAUUUCAACCCCUUCACCAUCUCAAGUGCGGACGGCGAUACGGCCGAGAAGGCAGUGCAAGGCUGCCUGGAAAAGUACGCUGGAAAGUUUCAGGGGGGGAAGGAUCGCAUGGCCGGCCGACCUGAUGCCCUCGUGGGAGGACAGCCAGCUGCUAUCAGGGGUUUGGUAUAUGCCUUCCCGAUAGAUCAUGGGAGCGAUGAGGAGACUCUACGACGCGACACCACCGUUUUCCGUCAGGGUGGAGCCCGUCGAGGUGCAGCGUAUGCUGAGCUAAAGCAAAAAGCGGGAGAGGCCAACAGCACUGCUGCCACGCCUACGGUGCGGGAUGUGAGCGAGGAGGAAGAGGAGCAGCAUGACGUGGUGAUUGAAAUUGAUGAUGAAGUUCCGGUACAAGUUGGAGAUGUCCAAGUGGAGAUCGAUCUUGAGAUGGGAGGAGAGAGUGGGCAGCCCACUGCCACAUCUGGCAAAGAGGACGGACACACACACGAAGUGUAA